GUCGUUAUGGUCAAAUACGGUAGAGCUAUUGAUAUGUGUGGAAGAAACUUUUUGUAUAAUUGUGGUGUUUUCGUUCUUGAUGAACCUACCGCAAAUUUUGAUUAUUCUGAUAAGUUUAUCAAAGUUUCGAAGAGAAAGCAA